GCUAAGCCUCCGAAUCGCCAGUGAUAGUGAACGUGAAAUUUUCGACCAAACAACCGAGCAGCUUCAAUAUCCUCGUAGGAAUCAUUGUAACGCUGACAAACGUCAAAGUAACAUUGUGCCAUGCGUUAGAGUGUGCCAAAAGAGUGCGAACACAAAGCAGUGCAUUGACUUUGAUUUAUUUUAAAUCAACCCAGCGUCACGGCGUGAUGACGUGCGUUUGACCGGCUAUAAACCAUAACUCAAAAAAUCACCACGAACAGUGUCCGCCACGGUAGUGCUGGCUGCUGCGUAAUGUAUUUUUAGCUUCCACGCGUGUACCAGUGACACGCGUGUUUUGUGCUGACUACCGACAAAAAAAAAAUAAGUGUGCGUAUAAGUGUAGAUCCGGUAGGCUGUAGUGUGACGCGGUUUGUUUGACAGUUGAUCGGGUAAACCAAACGUGCACAACCUAAGCAAGCUGUACAGUUGUAAGGAAGUGAUAAAAGUAGUUAAAUGAUUUCGCUGCUGGAGGAUUGAAUCAAAAGAAGUUGAAAAACUUACUUUGCCGCAAUCAAGGCUCCGAUUGGUUGCUGCAAAAAGGGAGAGAAAGAGAGUGAGCAGAGAAACGCAUAACACACGUAAAACGAAAGUGAGUGAAGUGAAACGACGCUGAUCGAACGUAGAAUUUUCCAAACAAAACAACAAACACGAAAAACGAAAACGAAAAGUGGUGUUUCGAAUAGAAAUUGCAAACGUACGCUCAAAACAAGUACACGAAAAGAAGAUAUACAUAGAGCAAAAAAGAUAAUUUCACUAAAGCGUGCCUUGAGUGUUUAAAGAAAGGAAAAGAGUAAUUAAAGUGCAUCCAAGUAAAAAAGAAAAGAAAAUUUUAAAUUAAAGUGCUACCGCAAGGAGAGGAGGCCAUUGGGGGAGAAAAAGGAAGAGUGAAAGAAUAAAUUGAAUCUGUCCGGUGAAAGUGAAGGGUUUUUCUCGCUGUGCGACGAAGGAAGCAGAAGUGAAUAGAAUAUAAAUACCUGCAGUGGAAACUUGCGCGCGUGCGUGUGUGUGUGAGUGUGGGUUUUUCAGUGCGUCUGUUCGAGCGUGUCACGAGCCACCCGUUGGUGAUCCUUUCAGUUUCCGGUGUUCAGCCGGCACGUUGCACGUUCGUUUCGUUCGCGAUUCCGGUAGAAAAAAUGGUUCCAGCUGCGGGAAAGUUCCGGCCGGCGUGGGUGCUGCUGGUGUUUGCGAGCUACCUGCUCGCGACCAACGCUAACGCAGUGGGCACAACUCCAGGUCUGGAAACCCUCUGCCAGGACGUUCAGUGCCCCGUCGAUUGCCCGUCGGACAGCGAGCUUCAGUCAACGGCGAGUGGCGAGAGCGAAGUAGACGAGCUGCCCCUCGAGGAAGAUGGCGUCCGAGAGCGUCGCUCCAUCGCCAUGAACAAUCACCCGCGCGAAGCCAUCAAGAUCACACCGCACGGGAAGGAGUUCAGCCACCAGAACCAGCUGCAGUCUCAGAGCGCCAGCUACUGGCGGUGGAAGCGGUCCGUGGUGGCCAACGACCGCCAGCCGGAUCACCACAGCCUGGUGGACGUGUGCUGCCCGCAGAAGUGCACCUGCCGACCGUGUCCGACGCAAACGUGCCCGCCUGGUUUCGUGCCCGUGGUGGACGUCCGAGGUCCGGAGCAGACGGGACAACCGGGAGCCUGCUGUCCUCAUGUGCACUGCGAGCGUCGAUGCCGCUCGCAAAACUUCCCCUGGAAGACGUUCAGCGACGGUGACCGGUGGAACGAGGACCCGUGCGUGGAGUGUCGGUGUGAGAAGGGCGUGCGACGAUGUGAGUCGCCAUUCUGCAAGUCACUCGGCUGCAGCAAGCAGAUCAAGCUGCCCGACCAGUGCUGCCCGGUGUGCGACGAAACCGACUCGAUGUUCUGCCCCGGUCACGCCAACUGUGCGCUCAGCUGUCGCCACGGAUUCCAGCAGCAACCGUCCGGUUGUGCACUGUGUGCGUGCUCCCGUAAACCUCCAGCCCUCAACAUGACGUCCACCGGCGUCCCGGUGACCACGACGGCGUACUCCAGCCCGACCGAGACCUCCUCCACAACCACGACGGUCACCGCCACCACCAACACGACCACACCUCCGGCAACCGACAGCGAGGCAACGCCCGAUGGCACCUUCAGCAACGGUUCCUUCACCGACGAACACCCGGACACCGUGCAACCCGGUGCGGUCCAGCACGUGCCGUACGACAUCGCGGAGCUGGGCAACAGCAGCACGCACGACUCAUCGGUUGAGCACAGCGACGCUCCCAAGUCGCCGCCCGUCAUCUGGCAGCUGAUCCUCUACGGCUUGGGCGGGAUCCUUUUCGCCGUCGCGUUCAUCUACGCCGUGGUGCUCGCGUGGCGUUGCGUGCAAGAUCAGCACCGUGGCAAAUACAGCACCGUGCCCAUCUCCAGCAGCAACUCUACCAGCACCACCACCACCACCACAACCGCCCCCAACGGCACGAUCACGGCGAGCACCACCUCGGCGUCCAUCAACAUGAUCUAAACGGGACCUAAACCCGCCCCACUUUCGCUAGUUCCUUUCUUUCAUCAUUUGGCUUUCAUCAACACAUAAGCGCUACGCAAAAUGCGGUCGAUUAACGUCGUUCGAAACCAACGCUUGCUAGAUUAGGGUAUAUGUACCAGUAUUCGUCAAACCGAGGUUGCCCCAAUCACAGAUCGCUUUGCGAAAAAGCGAGCUAAACAGUUUGUUCUGCAUGUUGCAUACCUUCAGGCGUAAAUAUGAAAACGUAGGUAGACGAUAAUUUUGGGACGAUGCCACCUUUCAUCUGUCAUCCGUUUGACAGUUGACAGUGUUAACAUUUUGAUGAGUUUAUUGAAAUUGACUUUGAAUUAAGUAAUUUUUAACUGUUGAGCGGUACAUUGCUGAUUUUGUUCAGCAUGUCAAUACUGGUACACAUACCCUAAUGCGAACCACAACAACAAUCGCAGAGCCUACUUUCAUCCCGAACAGUAGCGCUCUCGCGGGGAAAAUGUGGCUCGAUUAGAUUUGAGCGUAAUUGUAACGUAAUAUUACAUAUUUAUUCGAUAAACCAUGGUUCGUAACUUAGCAGAAUAAAUAUACUAGUUUUCCGGAGAACCCGUUCUCUUCGCAAGGAAAACUCUAUCACCCUUUUCUCGCUAUCCGACAAGCCGAUUUGCGCAUUCUUGCUUAUACCUCUUUGCUAGUUAAACUUUCAUUUACUCUCAUUCGUUUCAUUCGCACUUCAGCGCUAGAUUUAUUUCCCACGCAUCAAUGCCGCCUGUGCCGUCGGUCUCAGGGUGGUUUAAUAAAAAAAAGAAGAGGAAGAAAAAACAACUAAAAUCCGAAAGAAAAACAAUUUGUGAUACUGUAAAGCGCAAGCGAUAGGUACAGCAGAAGAAGAAGGACACCGCAGUUUGCCGUGGAGAAAGUGUGACGAGAGGAUGAGAAACUAGAAAAUUCAAACCCACGAGCAUUAGACCAUAUAAACAACUUGGAAGUAUUGAAAAGAAUUUAACAAAAAUUAAGUGUGUGAGUGCGUUAAGUGGCUAAUUCCUUGAAAGGGAUAAGAUCUCUGCAGAAGUAAGAAGACGGAUGCUUUGGACGGAUGGAUGAGUUGAUGCUUCAAAACCAUGGAAUGUUUUUUUCAGUUUUUUUUUCUAUUUCUGUUGGUUUUGAAGAAACAUUUGUGAAGCAACUAUUGCAAGUUUAGUUCAUAGCGGUUCGUCACCUAAUUAUAAUAUAUACACAUAUACGUACACCUAUGUUAAUUAGUGCUAGUUUUUAUUUUAAAUAUUUAUUAAAACACGAACACGACAAAGCAAAAGCCCGAAACGAGGGAACGUGUACUCGAAGAUAGCAAAAGUGAAGCCAUGAAAAAAGAUUUGCGGAUCAAAUUUGUUAAGUCUACUGAAAACCUUUCCCGUUUUCCUAGUACGAAGGUUGCGGUGGAUUUCCUUUUGGGGUGGAAUUUUUGUAUGACAAGAUUUACGGAUAUUUUGUCCCACUGACGCGUAUUAUUUUGAAGACUAAGUAGAACACAGUACCACCCUAUUUGUUUUAAUUUUUUCGUUCGUUUGUGCAUCAAACGCUAAUUCGUUAGAGUUGAUAACGAGAAGAGGUCCGGUGGGCGUAUUAAGUAAGUGCUAGCUGGCAAGUGGUUUCCCGUUGUUUGGGAAGCUCACGGAGACCAGAAAGGAAGGAUUUAAGCCGAUGGAAGAAAUCAUCCCACAGAAACGGUUUACGAACAAAGGAAAUGCCAGUCAUUUUGAAUAAAAAAAACCAAUUGCAAUGCUUCCAGAAAUAAUAGAUAAACUGAUCUAGACAAAAAGAAACAUAAAACGAAAACGGGAGCGGAAAGACAAACCGGUUGCAGGUGAUAAUGUUUUGUAAAACAUAAAAAGAAACAGGAGAAAAAACAAAACGUAAGGGAAAUAUUCAACACCAUCAGCUUCAAAAUACUACCGCGCACCAGAAGAAGCGAGUGGCUUCUUGAAAUGUAACCGUUUUGGCGGCAUUGUACAAAGUGCUUCUUGCUUGCAUCCCUUUGAGCGAGCGUACAGCGUUUUUCCUUGUCAAAACAAACCCGGACGCACCCGUUCACUGUUAUCACUGCAUACCCCUUGGCGUAAGCUGACUAAACUAAACCUAAAUAAAAAUGCAAACAACCAACAGGCAGGUGGAAUGAAGCAGAACAAAAACAUCAGCAGUAACCAAAAUAGGGGCUAGAGUAGUGGAAAAUUUAAAAGAAAAAAACAAUAUCGGGAAAAAAGGACCGAUGCACACAAACCCAACCCAACCAACAAACAACACAACGCUCGACUGCGAGUGCACUUUAUCGAACAUGAAAAACAACAAAACAAAACAAAAAACACUUACUACCUAAAUGUUUCGCUUUCAGCUUUACUCGGUGGACGAUUCAAUUCGCAGCAUACAUUACUCGCUCUCAUCCAUAUUAACCGAAAAACCCACGCGAGGAGCACGAAGAGGUGGCAAAAAAAUGAGGAAACUCUACUUAGCUCCCAUCUGCGAACGCUUUAUCAUUCAUUCAUAUCAUUCCUCUCAUGUGCGUCUCUUAUGUAUUGUGUGUAAACUCUAAAACAAAACAAAAAAUUUGAAAAUGAACCCACAUGCAACGGUAAUCUUCUCGAACUUGACGGAAGAAGAUACAAUCCGAAACGCUAGAAUCAAAAUAAACUCGCUAGCGAACACGUGUAAAAAAGGACUCGAUACUUCGAGCGAUCGAAAGCGAAAUAAACAUUAAAGUAAAAUAUGUGUGUGCAAAAGAAAAUCGAGAACAAAAAAUAUAUAUACACACACACACAUACACACACAGCAUAGUACAAGCAUAGAACAACCAAUACCAUUUAGAACCAAAAGUGAGCGAAACAAGACUAGUUAUAACUAAGUUUGUAACUCGUUUAAAACUAAAAGUGUUUCGAUUCAAUCUUUAUCAACUUUCAUUUGAUUUUACAUCUACUUUUACAGUGUAUCUUCCCUAUAAAACUUAUGAUCAUUCAAUUAUUCAGUAUUGAGUUUAACAUAGGUUCGAAAUAGUUUACCUAAACCCUCUUUAUGUUGCAGCUACAUUCAACAGAUGAGCACUAAACUAUUUUUCAACUUUCUUAUUCGCUUCUACCAUAAAUACCAAGGGAAGGGAGUAGAAAUUUCUGGGUUUUCAAAAACCGAACACGUACACGCUGUGCAAAACCUAUUCGAACACGAGAAACAAAGUGCAACGAGUGAUUGGUAAAAAAAAUUGUGUAAAAUUCGUUGUUAGAUGUUGCAUAUAGGUUAGUGCGGGAAGUAAGAGAACAAACCAACCAACCAACAAGUAAAAACCCUAGCUCUUUAAGUUGACGUGUCGAACGAAAGACGACGACGGAGAUGAACAAAAGUUAAAUAAAAAAAAUGGAAGGAGAAAAAUAAAAACAUAAGAAAACGCUAUUAUCAAUGCAAGACAUACCUAAUCGAUAAACCGUCAGUCGAUGGUCGAUCGAUGCAAAACCAAAUCGAAACUACUUCGAGCACGAAAAAGUUGGGGAGAAAUAAAGAGAGAGAGAGAGAAAGAGUGUGUGAUGAAAACUAAUGCGAGUGUGAGGGGAAAAUGAAAACGUGAAAACAUUAAUAUUGUGAAUAGUUAUGAAGAAUAUAAAGUUAUAUAAUUUGUAAAAAAAAACUGGAAUUAAAUAUACAAAUAGAAUGGUAAGAAAUAUAUAAACAUACGAAUUCGGAUGAAACUAAAUAAGUGAAGGUGACUCGCAUCUCUUUUUGCAACGCAAUAACUCUUCCAAUGAAAGAAAAUUA